AUGAACUCAACAACCCUCACCUGCCCCGUCACGGGCAACCCCGACCUCUACGGCCUGGGCAUCCGCCUCGGCAUCUACUUCCAGAUGAUCUCCGUCCAGAUCUCGGGCCUCGCCUCCAUCGUAAUGCAGUCCGAGGACAGCCUCAGCCAGGGCGUAAUCAUCUUCGUCCUCGCCACCGGCAUCGUCCUCGCCCGCCUGCUGCGCGCCGCCGCCGACAUCCAGGCCGUCGAGGUCUUCCCCAUCCUCACCCUGCUGCUCGCCCAGGUCGGCGUCUGCCGCGUGGCCGGCCGCAACGGCCAGACCACGGCCCACAUCUACGUCUUCGAGGUCGCGGCGCUCAUUGCCCUCUUUGCCUGGUUCUGGUGGCAUGGCAUGGACACGCUGCCGAGGAAGUGCCAUGACGACAAGGCCUUCUUCUUUGCAAAGGUGAGCAUCUGGCAUUGGUUCCGGACUCUGAACAAGGUCGGCUCCGUGUUUGCCAUCAUCGGCGGCGUCUUCCUCGUUCUCUUUUACCUCGGAGCCACCAUCUUCUUCAACGUUGUCCGCGUCGCCAACUUCCUCAGCUGGUCCCGCGGCGAAUCGGGCGGCCGCGGCUCCAGGGGAGAUGGCGACUACAUGGGCCUUGGCUCGCUCGACUUCCUCGUCAACGUUGGCGCCAUUGUCUACGUCGAGAUGGCGCUCAAGUGGAACGACAUCUCGGACGUGCACAGCCUCGCCGCGCCGGGGCAGUUUAUGCCGUUCUUCAUAUCGAUUGCGCAGCUGCUGAGCGUGUUUUACGGGAUUGGCAAGGGAGUGCUCGAGAUGGCUGAGGCCGAGGAUAGUGAUUCCGAUACCGAGUCUGGUUGGUUUGCCCCCCUUUUUUUUUUUAAUUCCUUUUCUUCUUCCUUUGUUCCAAUGUGA